AUGUUAAGACUGCUAGUUCUGUUGUACUUUAUUCUAAGUAUUUCACUGACAUCUUACACUUUGCUCUCUGUCUCUACAGUGAAUAAACACAAGCCAUGGAUUGAGACAUCAUACCAUGGUGUGAUCACUGAAAACACUGACAUCGUUCUGCUGGAUCCUCCCCUGGUGGCCCUGGACAAAGACGCCCCCAUCCCCUAUGCAGGGGAGAUCUGUGCGUUCAACAUCCACGGGCUGGAGGCUCCAUUCAAAGCAGUGGUGCUGAACGGGACGUCUGGCGAGGGCCAGCUGAGGGCCCGCGGCCUGGUGGACUGUGAGUUACAGAAGGAAUACACCUUCAUCAUCCAGGCUCACGACUGCGGUUCAGGUCCCGGGGGUACGGAGGGCAAGAAGUCGCACAAGGCGGUGGUGCAUAUCCAGGUCAAUGAUGUGAAUGAGUUUGCUCCUGUGUUUCGGGAGCCCCAGUACCAUGCCGCGGUGACGGAGGGCAAGAUUUACGACAGCAUCCUGCAGGUGGAGGCCACAGACCAGGACUGCUCCCCACAGUACAGCCAGAUCUGUAACUACCAGAUCACCACAACCAACACACCCUUUGCUAUAGAUCGCAACGGUAACAUCCGGAACACAGAGAAGCUGAGCUACGACCGCCAGCAGCAGUACGAGAUCCAGGUGACAGCCUGGGACUGUGGCCAGAAGAGGGCACUGCACAGCGUCCCUGUUCGCAUUGACGUCAAGCCUGUCUGCAAACCUGGCUGGCAAGGUUGGAAUAAACGAGUGGACUAUGAACCAGGAACGGGCAGUAAGCAGCUGUUUCCUAAGAUGCACCUGGAGACCUGUGGCGGGCCACUGUCAUCGGUGAGGACCACAGUGGAGCUGCAGACCAGCCACAUCGGGAAGGGCUGCGACCGGGAAACCUACUCUGAGAAAUCUCUGCAGAAACUCUGUGGGGCCUCUUCGGGCAGCACUGACCUUCUCCCAGCCCCCAGCGCUGCCACCAAUUGGACGGCUCCCCUGGUGACUGACAGCGGGAGGGACAGUGACUUGAUCUUCAGGUUUGACGGUCGUCAGGCAGCGAAAAUCCCAGACUGGGUGGUACCCCAGAAUCUGACAGACCAGUUCACCAUAGCAACGUGGAUGAAGCAUGGGCCCAGUCCUGGACUCAGAGCUGAGAAGGAGACACUACUCUGUAACUCCGACAAGACAGAGAUGAACCGUCAUCACUACUCGCUGUAUGUCCAUAAUUGCCGCUUGGUGUUCCUGCUGAGGAGAGACUUCACUCAGGUGGACACAUUCAGACCGGCUGAGUUCCACUGGAAACUGGAGCAGAUCUGUGACAAGGAGUGGCAUUACUAUGUCAUCAAUGUGGAGUUCCCAGUGGUGACACUCUAUGUGGAUGGAGUGACCUAUGACCCCUACCUGGUGACAGACGACUGGCCCAUCCACCCCUCACAGAUUGAUGUGCAGCUGACGGUUGGGGCCUGCUGGCAAGGCGGGGAGGUGACGAAGCCACGGUUCACUCAGUAUUUCCGGGGCAGCCUAUCUGGACUGACCAUCCGACCAGGGAAGAUCGAGAGUCAAAAAGUCAUUUCCUGUCUGCAGGCCUGCAAAGAGGGACUCGACAUCAAUUCCCUUGAGAGCCUGGAUAAGGGCAUAAAGUUUCACUUUAACCCAGCCCAGUCUAUCCUGGUAAUGGAGGGAGAGGACUUGGAGAACAUGAACGCUGCUGUGAGGAAAGUUUCCUACAUCAACUCUCGCCAGUUUCCCACACCAGGCAUCCGACGUCUGCGCAUCUCCACUACUGUACAGUGUUUUGGUGAAGACACUUGUAUCACCAUCCCCGACAUCGAUGCGGUGGUGAUGGUGCUGCAGCCCAGCGAGCCCAGGAUCACCAUCACUGGUUUAGAGAGACUUAGCCAGCCGGCUUCCGAACUCAGAGCACCAAGCGGCAUAACUCUUUUCCAAGACCUCCACAUCAUCAGCACAGUGACCAGGGCUGAUGCCACUGCACAUAACACAGGUAUGAACUCACGUCGACCCGGGGUGCUGGAGGAGAUAAUUCAUAACUUGGACUACUGUGAUGUCCUGGUGCUGGGGGAGGAGCUGAGGCCUGGGCAGGAGUCUCUCCAGCUACAGCGAAGUGCUCUGCUUGGAAAACACCUUGACGCCACCAACUCCACCUCUGGCAUGUCCAUAUAUGGUGUAGACUCUAUGUCCAACUAUGAACAGGUGAUCAGACAGGUGCGUUACUAUAACUGGCAGCCCGGACAAUUGACGGAAAGAAGAUUUCGUCUCACCUGCUCAGAGCUUAAUGGACGCUAUACCAGCAACGAGUUCAACCUGGAGGUAAGCGUACUGCACAGCUCAGAGGCUGGUGAGCAUGUCAAUCACAUGGUAGCCCCGCCUCAGUACAUGCAGGUGGUCCACCAUCCGUCCAUGAUUCAUGGCCUGUACCCCAGCCACAACUCAGGCGUACCAAGUGCUGCCACGGUGGUAAUUGUGAUGUGUAUCGCUGCCCUGGUGGUGGUCGUGGUUCUGGGCAUCUACCGCAUUCACCUGACCCACCAGCAGGAGGUCAAGCUGGCCGAGACGGCUAAAGAGGCGGAUGUGACCUGGAAUGACUCAGCUCUGACGAUCACCGUCAACCCAAUGGAGAACCUGGAGGAGCCCCAGGCUGCAGAGGAGGAGGGCAGCGAGGAGGAGGAGGAAGAGGAGGAGGACGAUGACGAGGAAGAGGAGGAGGAAGAGGAAGAUGACAUCACCAGUGCUGAGUCAGACGACAGUGAGGAGGAAGUAGACGUCCAGCUACCCAGGAUGCAACGCUCAAGCAAGAGGGUCCAAAACUGGGACAAAACAACAAUAUCUUACUGAAACACACACUGGCAGUCUCUCACACACACAUUCUGCAACACGUCCAUGCUCAAACCUCAAAUCAGGUGGUUGAAACAAAGAGACUUUAUGUGAUGUUGAUGAUCUAAAAAUGAGGUAACAUCUCCCACUACUGGAAGACUACACAAAAACACACACACAGACACACACACACAAACAGUGCAAUGAUUUAACCAUAGCCUUGUCAGAAAACCUCCCAUUUUAUACAGCCGAUAAGAAAUGGUAUGACAAUAAAACUGCUGUCAAUCAAACGACUUUCAUUGUCCUUAAAGGGACAGCUCGCCAAAUUUAGGUCACCCCCCAGAGAGAUGUUUUUCUUCUCCCAUUACAGUGUACACCACAACUGCAGUCUUUAGUGAAAUAAAGUUGUAUGAAUGCCCUUUCAUCAACCGAAGCCCUGCACCAUACAUUCAGUCUGAUUCCACCGUGAGAUUCCUGA